CUAGACAAUACCAUCUCGGAACUCAAGCAAAAAUACAAUAUCGACAUUAAAUUUAUAGCCAAAUAUGUGGAUGACAUCUUUGCUAUAAUUAAACGCAAUGACGCGAAUAUCAUUUUAGGAAUUCUUAACAAGUAUCACAAUAAACUUCAAUUUACGAUGGAAAUAGAGGAAAAUUCAAAAAUCCCUUUCCUUGACGUUUGUAUACAUAGAGAAAACCACGAUCUUUUACUUGACUGGUAUUCCAAACCAACUUCUUCUGGACGCCUGAUUAAUUAUUACUCAUCGCAACCAACAAAAUAUAAGAUAAAUACAGCAAAAAACCUCAUCCAUAAAAUAUUGGCAAUAAGCCACACACGAUUCCACGAAGCUAACAAAGAGAAAAUCAACAAAAUCCUAAUAAACAACAAUUACCCUAUAAACUUAAUACGGGAAUUAAUAAAUCAAGAAGUUAUGAAAACAAGCAUCCAUCCCAAUAAAACACCGAACACAGACACAACAAAAACUACUAAGAAAUUUUACAGUGUAACAUACAUUCCCAACUUAACUGGCAAUUUUGGUCACAGCAUUACGAAAUCACAAAACACAGCACUUGCCUACAAAUCUAAUUACACUCUGUCGUCAAUAUACACAAAAACUAAGUGCUCAGUAGAUAUCCAACAACAAAACAAUGUAGUGUAUGAAAUUAAAUGUAAGGGAAAUGACAUUGAGGAAUGCGAAAAAGUGUAUAUUGGGACAACUAAGCGGCCUUUAGGUGUUAGACUAGGCGAACAUGAAGCAGAUAUAAGAAAACAAAAAAGCAGUACAGCAUUAUCACAACACAUCAUAACAAGUGGUCAUACAGCUGAUUUCGCAAACACAAAGAUUAUCGGCAAAGAAAGAAGGGAGUCAACCCGAUAUACACUAGAAAGCCUUAGGAUAAUUGCAAAGAAGGAAAAAGACAAUGAACAGAAAAGAAGAUACGGACAACAUUGCGGCCGCUUACAUUUCUUGUUUAUGAUUAGAAAUAAAAAUGUUUAUUAUUUUAGUAUUGACAAAGCUACCACAAAAGAUGGUACAGAUGCGCUGUAUUUAGGUGUUAAUCAAAGUUCUUAAACAUUAUUUAAUAAAGCUGGAUUGCCCCUGAAGAUGCUAAAAAUGUUUUAGCGAAACGUUGGGCCAGAAAGUGGAAUAAUGUAGUUUUAUUCGCACUAAAAACAUAGAUCAGACUAGCCUGGUAACAUAAUAUUUAAU